AUGGCUGCCACAGAUAUUGUCGUUCAGCGCAGCAAAGUCUGGGAUUGGCCUCUUCAGAAAAAUGAUGAAUUCGUGAAGGUUUUGGAGGAUUCAGAUCACUUCGAAGUUGGCCUGGACGCAAGGCUUUUUACGCCCAAAGACAUUCAGGUCAGAAUAAUGGGUGAUCUGGUUCAAGUCAAGAUGGAACACGAAGAACGUGGAGACGAUGUGACUUUGGUUAGUAGGAGCAUCAUGAGGUAA